AACAUAAUGACAUGUUACCUCCCGUUGACCUCUCAAACUUUCACUCUUUCAGUUCAGGAGCUGCGCUACUCCUCGUGACGUCACUGUAAACAAAGAUGGCGGACCGGUUGUCGCUAAGGUUAGCUCGUUUAACGCAGACCGUUUGUUUAAAAGUGUCUCGUAAGUGGACGUGUCAGCGUUUCUUCCUCUUCGUUGUUUGUUAAAACAUCACUUUGAGUUUCUUUACUCACCUUCUGACAAACCCGACGCGUAACUAGCUCGUGGAAUGUGAGGUUUUAUCUCAGUUCGCUGUCAGGCUAUGCCAGCCGGUUACCAAGAUCUGGACCCAGUGUUGGACAUGGAGCAGUACAGUAUCCUGGGUCGGAUUGGAGAAGGAGCCCACGGCAUCGUCUUCAAGGCCAAACACAUUGAGACAGGAGAGACGGUGGCUCUGAAGAAAGUGGCUCUGAGGCAUCUGGAGGACGGCAUCCCCAACCAGGCCCUGAGGGAGAUCAAGGCUCUGCAGGAGAUCGAGGACAACCAGCAUGUGGUGAAGCUGAAGGACGUCUUUCCUCACGGUACAGGCUUCGUGCUGGUCUUUGACUUCAUGCUCAAUGACCUCUCUGAGGUCAUUAGGAACGCUCAGCGACCUCUGACCCCGGCUCAGGUCAAAGGUUACAUGAGGAUGCUGCUGAAGGGAGUGACCUUCCUGCAUCACAACAACAUUAUGCACCGGGACCUGAAGCCAGCAAACCUCCUCAUCAGCUCCUCAGGUCACCUGAAGAUUGCAGACUUCGGUUUAGCGCGACUGUUCAGUGAGCAGGGAGAGAGACUGUACAGCCACCAGGUGGCAACCAGGUGGUACAGAGCCCCUGAGCUUCUUUACGGAGCCAGAAGAUAUGACGAGGGCGUGGACCUCUGGGCGGUGGGUUGUAUCUUUGCUGAGCUCCUGAACUCGUCUCCUCUCUUUCCUGGAGAAAACGACAUUGAGCAGCUGUGCUGCGUCCUCAGAGUCCUGGGCACACCCACACAGGAGAGCUGGCCAGAAAUGGUCGAUUUACCCGACUACAAUAAAAUCACCUUUAAAGAGAAUCCUGCAAUCCCAUUGGAGGAGAUUGUGCCGGACACGCCUCCUCAGGCCAUCGACCUGCUCUACAACUUCCUGGUUUAUCCUUCAAAACAGCGAUGCUCUGCCUCUCAGGCACUCCUCCAUCCGUACUUCUUCUCUUCUCCUCUUCCCGCUCACCACUCAGAGUUGCCCAUCCCUCAGAGGGGGGGGCGGCCCCCGCGGCAGCGCCUGCAGGCCCCACCCACUGACUUCUCUGUGGACCUACCCUUGCAGAACAGCGUAGUGGACCCUGUGAUGCUGCAGGGACACGCUUCCUGCCUCUGACCAAUCAUCAGUUUGUCAAUAAUCAACAACAAAACGAAGUAUAUGACUGUAUUAAACAACAAUGUUGCUGUUGUUAUUAACAACAAUCAAAUGGA